AUGGGGGCAAUUCUGGACGAAGUUGUCUACCCAAUCUGGUCCAUGCUGGGGUGGACCUUCAUCCCAUCUACUUUGACGGACAUUAUUCAGCACAUCUUCUACAUCCUCUUCGUCCGCGGUAAAGAACCCUAUCCCGCGAAGAACAGCGAACGGCACCAGCGCGACCGCCGCAUCAUCUUCGCGCUCGUGAUCAGCAGCUAUCUCCUCUACACGCUGUACGAGUCCGUCUACCAGAUCCAAAAGAUAGGCGACUUCUACAGGGUCUUGGGAGUAUCUCCAUUGGUCGAUGAACGCACCCUUAAGAGCACCUAUCGCCGGAUCGCGCGCGACUAUCACCCGGACAGGCUCGGCCCUGGUGCAUCGGAUGCCAAUUUCGUCGUUUUACAGCGUAUUAAGGAUACUCUUUCCGACCCCGUUCGACGCUUUGCCUAUGAUCGCUUCGGCCCGGAUAUCUUGGAUUGGGGCGAACAGCAGACGAUGCUUGAUUACCUCAAGGUAUCGUUGACCCGCGGUAUCUUCAAGUACGUCGGCGGCUUCGUGGUCAUGGUUGUCUUUAGCUGGAUAUGGUUCCCCAGCUGGGGCCGCUUCUGGCGUCUCUACACCUUCGCCGCCUUGCUCGCCCUCGAAGUCACCCUGGUCACCCAAGCCCAGCCCAUCAUUGUGCCCGUCGACUAUCUCCCCGCCUUCCUGCGCCCAUUCUUCCCCUGGCCGCAAUUCUACCUGCUCCCCUUCCAGACCCUCACCAUCGCCCGCCAAACCGCGACCAGCGUUUACAUCUUCAUCUCCAAGCUCGCCCCAGCCACCAGUCACGACCCUGUGGGCUUGGAAACGAUGAAGCGCGUCGCCGAACUGGACAGUGUCUCACGCGCGAAUGAAUUCGAGGCCGCCCGUCUGAUGCAGCUCGGACAGGCGCCGUUUCGAGGAGACCCCACUAAUCUCGCCGCGCUACGGCGGGGGAUGGAGGAGGGGAUUAUCCUGAAUGCGGCGCGGUCCAGUCCGGAGGUACAAAAGGCGAUUGCAUCGGCGGUAGAGCGACGGUCGGCGGCGAAAUAG